AUGUCGCAGAGUUGCGUCUCGCCUUGCAUCUUGUUCAUCCCUUUAUCACUGAUACAGCUUGGAGAUGAGCCAACCACGACCAGUGCAAGAAUCAGAGUCAAAAGCUGGAGGAUGUCCUCAGCAACUCCAAGCCACGUCAGAAUUCACCUCCGACUAAAUCCAUAUCAGAUGGGGAGAAAUCCUCGACAUAUAUGGAUUCGUGACAAUGAUCCUGCUUCAGUUAUCAUGUCGACCGAGCACAAAUCGUCUGGUGCAAUGAGAAGAGCAGAGGAAUGCAUCGGAACACUUCCUCACGUUUCACGCAAGACUCUGAUUCCGAAGCCCUCUCCGAGAGCUACUUACCUUCAGCCAGCUGUCAGUCGCGGAAACAUCGACACAAGAACGUUGCUUAUCUCGUCGGAAAGCGGUCAGGCAUAUGGUGUCAGAUCACCUCUCGGGGUGUCUCAAUUGCCCACACCUCCUGCGCAAUCGCAUGAACAGUUGUACGGAUCUCUCCCAAACUCAAGGCCAGCGAUGGGUACUUGGUGCUGUGAAUAUGUGGAACAGGCAAAUGCAACGCAUACACGAAAGUCGCCACAAUGGGGGCUGUUUUGGUGGGAUAUUCUCUUUUACCCUGGCAAUUACAUGGGCUUCUGUGGCAUGGUUGAGUGUCUGAGGACUAUCCUCACAGAUCUGGCAAUGGCUAGAACACAAGGCAGUUAG